AUGAUUCAAGGAAAUAUUGAAAAAGCACUUUCUUUAUUAAAUAAUCAAUCUGAAUUAGAACAAAUUUUUAAAUUAAAAAUUGCUGCUAAAGCUUAUAAAAUUAAUGAUUUUAGAAAAUUUUUUAUUGAUAUUCAAUCUAAUUUAAAACCUUAUGCUUUUAUUGUUGCUACUGAAAUUGAAUAUUUUAUCUUUGGAAGAAAAACUGCUUCUUUAAAACUCUUUCAACUUGCUUUAAAACGUUAUCCUAAUAGUCUUCCUAUUAUUAAAGCUUAUUAUCGUUUCCUUAAUUUAAUUACUCCUUCUCGUUUUAUCCCAAAUGCUUUAAAAUCUUAUGGUGAUUUUGAUUUAGAUCUUUAUAUGAAAAAUGCUAUUCUUCUUAAAUUUAAUCAUCUUCCUAAACCAAAAGAUACUAAUCUUUUCCUUAUCUCUCAUCGUUUAAUAAAUUCUAUUGGUGAAUCUUUUGAUGAUCAUCAAAUCUCUGAUGAUUCUUCUCUUUCUCAUUUCAAUUGGAAACCAAUCAAACCUGAACUCAAUAAAGAUAUUCUUAAAGAAUUGAUUUACAUCCUUCCUCCUCCAAAUCUUUAUCGUGGUAAAAAAAUAGAUAUUCUUCAAUUAUUGGAUAUUCUUAAUAAUCUUGUCAAUUAA